AUGGUUGCAGUUUACAAUCAAUCGUCCACAGGAUCACUCCAGCGCUUGCCUGAUACUUUCUUGCUGGCGGCCCCAUCCUCCAUCCUGCGCUUGCCAACGUUCCUCGAAAAUGUUCGGUGGAACAUUCCUGCGUUCCUGACGGCUCCGAGCAGCGUGAUGACGCAUGAUGAACCGAUCGCCGCUGCACCAGUGCCUGAUCAACCGUCAUCCCAAGACCGGGCAGUAGGCUCGGGUAGUUUGGGAUCGACUGACUCGGGCGGGAUGUUUAUGAAGUAUGUGGUACAAAUUGAUGGCAUGGCGUGUGAGGCGUGCGCCAGCCGUCUUCGCCAACAUUUUUCGAUAGAGGAGGGCAUUGAGCGCGUGAAUGUGUUCUUUGACGAGAAGAAGCUGGUUCUGUGGACGCAGGCUGGGUCGGGAUCGAUGAUGCUGUCUGAGCGAGUGAUCCAAGAUAUGGUUGGCCAGGCUUGA